AUGGCCUCAGACCACCAGACCCAAGCGGGCAAACCACAGCCCCUCAACCCCAAGAUCAUCAUCUUUGAGCAGGAGAAUUUCCAGGGCCACUCGCAUGAGCUCAGCGGGCCCUGCCCCAACCUGAAGGAGACUGGCGUGGAGAAGGCGGGCUCUGUCCUGGUGCAGGCUGGACCCUGGGUGGGCUACGAACAAGCCAACUGCAAGGGUGAGCAGUUUGUGUUCGAGAAGGGCGAGUAUCCCCGCUGGGACUCAUGGACCAGCAGCCGGAGGACGGAUUCCCUCAGCUCCCUGAGGCCCAUCAAAGUGGACAGCCAAGAGCACAAGAUCAUCCUCUAUGAGAACCCCAACUUCACAGGAAAGAAGAUGGAAAUCAUAGAUGAUGAUGUGCCCAGUUUCCAUGCCCAUGGAUACCAGGAGAAGGUGUCAUCAGUGCGGGUGCAGAGUGGCACCUGGGUCGGCUACCAGUACCCUGGCUAUCGCGGGCUCCAGUACCUGCUGGAGAAGGGAGACUACAAGGACAGCGGUGACUUUGGGGCUCCCCACCCCCAGGUGCAGUCUGUGCGCCGCAUUCGCGACAUGCAGUGGCACCAACGGGGCGCCUUCCACCCCUCCAACUAG